GUUGUCACCAUUUGCUUUUGCCAUCCUCUACAUAGAGACCAAGAGAGAGAGACAGAGAGCAACAAUGGCAGAUCUUGCCAUUGGGAUUUCCAAGACGGUGGUUGAGAAGCUGGUGAACAAGGUCAGGUCCGCUGUCAAGGAAGAGGCGGAGAAAUGGCAGAUCCUGCAGCGUGACAUUGUUUUCAUCAAGGACGAAUUCGAGAUGAUGCAAUCCUUCCUCAACACCACCGGGCGGGAGCGCAUGAAGAACCAGGUAGCAAGGACUUGGGUGAGGCAGGUUCGUGACCUGUCUUACGACACUGAAGACUGCAUCGAGUUCGUCCUUCACCUGGACACAAAGCGGGCGACCUUCUUCUGGCAAUUCUUCCGCUUACUGAAGCCCAAGGUGGUACCAGCAGCGCUGCCGCUGGACCAAGCCGUCGCCGAGAUAAAGCAACUCAAGGCCCAAGCUGAGGAUGUGAACCAAAGGAACAUACGCUACAGCCUCACCGGCAGCUCUGGAGAUCAGCAGAUGCUGCCAGCUCCUGCUGCCAGCAAGAGGACCCUGGACAUCUUCAUCAAGCCCAGGGAUGGCUUUGAUAAUCAGGCAGGCACUUUGGACCUCGCCAGAUUGAUAAAACGGGAGGGCAAGGAACUUCAAGUGAUUGCCGUGUGUGGAACAGGAGGAGAUCUUGGGACAACAUCCAUCAUCAAGAAGGCAUAUGACGAGCCUGAAAUCUGUGGCAUGUUUCCAUGUCGCGCUUGGGUGAAGCUGAUGCAUCCUUUCAGUCCCCAUGAGUUCAUCCGGAGCUUGUUGGUUGAGUUCAGCACAAAUUCUUACAAGACCCAAGAGCCCAAUACCGAAGGGCUCAAGAUCCAAGAGCCCAAUACCCAAGGGCCCAAGACCCAAGAGCCCAAGACCCAAGAGCCCAAGACCAAAGAUCCAAAGACACAAGAAGAACCCAAUACCCAAGAGCAAAAGACCCAAGAGCCCAAUAUCCAAGAGCAAGGAGUUUUAGAAUUAGAAGUACAAGAGCAAGAGCAAGAGCAAGGAGUUAACACCGGAAGUCUGCAACAAGUGCUGGAGGUGAUGAAGGCAACCCAAGAAAGUAUGCUUGCAGAAUUCAUGGGGAGAAUCAAGGAGAAGCCAUACCUCAUCGUCCUAGAAGGUCUCUCCACCAUCGUGGAGUGGAAUGCCAUCAAGACAUUUCUUCUAGACAUGAAGAAUGAGAGCCGAGUUGUUGUGUCAACGCAGCAGGUUGAGAUGGCAAGCCUGUGCGCGGGACAGCCAUACCACGUAUGGUUGCUCCGGGAGUUCUCAACUGAGCACUCCGUCUACGCCUUCUCAAACUCAAAGGACCUUCCCAAAAAACCACUGGUUAAUGAAGCUACCACAUUGGACAAGUGUUUGAGUGACGAGGACACAGAGUCCUCAGACCAUUGGCUGAAAGUACAUGGCCUUCGUGGGCGCGAUUCGGAACUAAGUACACUUUGGGGCCAGGUACAAACACACAGUGUGGUCUCCGUCUGCGGGGUGGCUGGUGCUGGGAAAUCUUUUCUCGCCCAAGUCCUCCAUACCCAUUAUAGUCCUCGAGCUCAUGGUUGGCACCAUGGAAGCUACGUUGUUAAUGUACCCCAUCCGUUCGAUAUCACGGACUUCUGUGAGAGCUUGUAUCUUGAAAUCUUCUCAACACCACCAAAAGAAGGCGAAGAUAUCUUCCGGAUGUGUUGGAAACAUCUUGAGCAAAAACCGUGCCUUGUUUUUAUUGACGGCUUGCGGUCUAAGGAAGAUUGGGACUUGAUAGAAGCUAACUUGAUACCGGCUGUACCAUUGUUAUCUUUCCCUUUUGGAGGCUGUACCAUUGUUAUUACCAGGGAAGAAAGUGUUGCCAGACAUUGUGCAACGUCACCUGAUGCAGUGUGCCGGGUCAAAGGUCUAGAAGCUGAUGCGGCCCGUCAUCUCUUCCAGGACACCUUUAAACCUGACGGAAUCUCUAAGGGCGAUUCUAACAUGAUGGCUGAAGCAGAUCUUAUCAUAGACAAGUGUGGCAGACUUCCCAAACUAAUAGUUGCUUUAGCUGAGUACUUGGCCGAAGUACCAAACGUCAUACGGGAGGCCCGGCGUCUGAAUGCCAACUUUAUGUAUGCACUGAAGACGACCAGGAAGGGACUUGAUAGCUUCCGGGACGUAUUCACCUGGAUGUAUUCAAGAUUUCAGGCUUGUCAUCAACUACAAAGGAAAUGCAUAUUCUAUCUGUCACUAUUUACUCAAAGCAGUAUCAUUCGUCAGAAUCGUUUGGUGAGGCGGUGGAUUGCAGAGGGCUACUCUGAGGGCACUGACAGCAACAGCAUGGUGGAAUAUACAGAGAAGCUCAUCCGCGCCUGUGGCCGCCCCGUCGGAGCCGCGCUCGCCGCUCCCGUCGGCUCCCUCAGGCUCCAGUGCCCUGCCCCGGCCGUGACAUUAUUUUAG